CCGGCGGAAGCCAGGGCCGAGCGCGAUUGUCUCGGCUCCCGCCACCGUGGGGCACCUGCGCCCACCGGCGGCGGUCGGGUCGGGCCCUGCGGGGGCAUGGCGGCGGGGCGGCCAGGGGUGGGCGCGGGCGCGGUGCUGGGCGCUGGGCUGCUGGCGAGGCUGGGCCUGGUGCUGUACGGCCUGCAGCAGGACAGGGCCAUGCGGGUGCGCUACACCGACAUCGACUACCGGGUCUUCACCGACGCGGCGCGGCUGGUGACCGAGGGACGGUCGCCCUACCGGCGGGCCACCUACCGCUACACCCCGCUCCUGGCCUGGCUCCUGACGCCCAACGUCUACCUGGCCGAGGUCUUCGGGAAGCUGCUCUUCGUAGUGGGGGACAUGGCGGCUGCUGUCGUCGCCUACCGGGCCCUGCGGCGCCGAGGGUCCGCCGCCGGCCAGGCCUGGGGGUGCUGCGCCGCCGCCUGGCUCCUCAACCCUCUGCCCAUGGCCGUCUCCAGCCGGGGCAAUGCCGAGGCCCUGGUCGCACUGCUGGUGCUCGCCACCCUGUACUUCGUGGAGGCAGGGAGCAUAGGGAAGGCCGCAGCCUGCUAUGGGCUGGCUGUGCACAUGAAAAUAUACCCGCUGACCUACGCGUUGCCCAUAGCCCUCCACCUGCAGAGCAAACAGUGUGGCAGGGAAGGGGCAGUGGGUACAGGGUGUGACAAAAAAACAAAGCUUACAUUUGCAGGGUACCUCUGGCAGCUUUUUGUGAAGGUCCCGAACUGUGAUGUGCUGUUCUUUGGAACAAUUGCUGGAUCUCUGCUGGCUGCAUUGACUGUUGCAUUUUACCACCUCUACGGCUGGGAGUUUUUGGAGCAUGCCUACCUCUACCACCUGACCAGGAGGGAUAUCCGUCAUAACUUCUCUCCCUAUUUCUACAUGUUGUACUUAACUGCAGAGAGCAAAUGGAGUUUUGCCCUUGGGCUUGCAGCUUUUCUGCCCCAGCUGCUUUUGCUCCUGGCUGUGUCCAUAGCAUUUUACAGAGACCUUGCUUUCUGUUGUUUCCUACACACUGCUAUUUUCGUGAGUUUUAACAAAGUAUGCACAUCCCAGUACUUUGUCUGGUAUCUCUGCCUUUUGCCCCUCAUAAUGCCCAGUGUUAAGAUGUCCUGGCGUCGUGGCGUGCUGCUUCUCUUUCUGUGGUUUGUUGGACAAGGCCUGUGGCUCGCUCCUGCGUACUUUCUGGAGUUCAAAGGACAUAACACUUUUUUACUUAUAUGGUUGGCAGGCUUGUUUUUCCUUUUUAUUAAUAGCCUCAUAAUUGUUCAGAUUAUUUCGCAUUAUCAAAAAGAAGUACAAGUUGCAAAAAAAGAGCAGUAAUAAAUGGGCCAAAAUCCAGAAACAGUGCUACCGUCUUUCAUAAGGCUUUUGAUACCAUCAACACUUUGUUUAAUACAAAUACGGGUAUAUUGUACUAAAGUAUGUUGUAUGUAAAUGACACUCUGUCGGAGCUGUGAGGGUACUGAUUGGCUGUAAUCGCCCCAGUCGUGCCCUGAGCAGUGUCUACAGGUGUACCUGUCACUCACAUGGACCUUGAAACUGCCAUCCCUGUCUCCUGCUGCUCCUGACUGGACUGCCUGGAAGGACCCUGAAUCAGUUCAGCACAUACCAUGUCUGGGGCUGUGGGUGGACUCUCUUACCAGCACACAUCUGCCUGCCAUCUCCAGACAGAGUGUGUCUGCGUCCUGGUCAGUGAGGGUACAGCCUGUGCCGGGGUCACCCUCAGCUCCCGCUCGUACCCCCUUGUGGGGCAGCCUCAAUCUUCUUACUCCCUGGCACCCUUUUUCUCAUAGUUACUUUACUCGUUGAGGGCUGUGGUCUCUGUCUAGGAAAACACAGGAGAUUAUAAAGGGAUGUUGGAGUUUGACAGUUUUGUACAUUCCAGUAAGUGGGUGGGGUACUUUGCAAGGGUUAAGCUAAUGAAUAAAUAUAAGGCAAUCGCUUAAUA